CGAUUCAUCUCUCGUCGUCGCCAUUCAUUCACCGGUUCCGGUUCCGAAGCGGGAAUCAGAGGUUGGACGGCGCUUCCGUGCUUCUUACAAAUUCGCUUCUUCUUCCUUCCUUCUCCGUGCACCGCACCGACGAAUUAGGGUUUCUUCUGUCUCUUCACUCAGAUCUUAGCCAAAUUGAGAACAACGACUUGAAACUUAAUCCUCAGCCUCUGAACCUGGAUGAAUCUUUCUCCGUUCAAGAGAGAUAUAGAUGAGCUCAUUGGCGAGUUUGUGGAGGGUGAUUUGACAACGUUUGCUGAUAUGAAGAGCGUGUGGCUAUCCCGAAAGUUUUCUUAUAUAUAUGAAGCUAGUCCUAACAGCAACUUAGCGUUUUUCAUGCAGUCGCUAUAUGCGCAUACCAUUGGUCACAUGGUUAGUAUUGAUUCUUUUUCACGGAGACUUGGAGGUCUUUAUUGUCUCUAUUGCCUUCAUGAGAUCCAACCUUUUAAACCCAAGUUCAAAGUUUAUAUCUCACUUCAAGAGCUUGGGAAAUUUAGGGAUCUUGUAGUCGAGGCAAAAGAUAAAGGUGUAGAGAUAGCUGCUGCUGUGGCAAAACAAAUGCUUGAUAAGAACAUGUUUAUAUUUGGAGCUGUGGGUGAAGAUUCUGCAACCAAGAAACUUAAUCAAUUAACAGAACUACAGAACGCACGAGUGCGGUUUGCCUAUGAUAAAUUACUCUCUGAAACCGAGAUCGAGCAAUUUAUUCAUUUGGAUAUGGGUAACGAAGUUGAUCUGAGUUCCCUACAUAAAAGGUCUUUAGAUUAUGCAGAGGCCAAAAAGCGUGCAAUCAAAGGAGCAGGAGAAAUAGUGGAGAUUGAAGACAUAAAGCACAUAUCAGAAGAGAAAGAGUUGAUGGGAGAGAAAGUGGAGAGAUUGAAAGAGGAAUGGGAUUCACAAAGAGUUUUAUUAUAUGAACAAACCAAGCUUGAUGGUCUUACUAGGACACAGAAACUAUUGAAAGAUGUGGAACAUGAUGAAGAUGAUGGGUUUGAUGAGCUUGAUCACUUACUUUCUCAGAGCUGAUUUCGACAUUUGCAAUCACCGUUUAAAGAUUAGGAUGCGUGCAAAUGAAAAAAGCUCUCUGUAGAUAUGGCAUUUACAGGUAGAUUUUGAUGAAUUUUGCUAUUAACUCUUUUAUCAAUGAUAAUCUUUUGUUUAAUCAGGUAAUGUGAACAGUCAGGUUGCGUCAGAGAGCUAGUACAAAUACAAUCUCAUUAAAUCAAGAGAGCAACAUGCUGCUUAGUAAAACAAGGUGAUUAAGAAUGUUAAUCCCGGUUUGCAGUUUUAUGGUAAUUAACAUGUUGAUUAGGAGAAUACGUAUAAUUGGUUAGUAAUAGUUUGACAAGGUGAUUAGUUAAGAAUGUAAUCCCGGUCUGCGAUUUCUAGUUGUUACUUGAAAUGAGGCAAUGCUAUGUUUCUUUUCUCCAACAGCUUCUCGAAACUUGAUACAAAACUAGAAAUCUGUAGUUCUGAUUCUAUAACCUGUAAUUUUAUUGUCGAUUAUUAGUUUUUAA